AUGGGCACCUCCGAGAUCAUAACUACUGAAGGAGAAGCGCCGUUUUCCCUGCCCGCCGCAGGGAAAGACUGUGUUACUUGGUAUAAGAUUGUGGGUUCGCUCACCUCCGGCAUUCGCCCACUUGUAACUCUUCAUGGCGGCCCCGGGGUCCCCCACAACUACCUCCUCAGUAUGAUUGACCUUGCGACGAAGUAUGGGAUACCAGUCAUAUUCUAUGACCAACUGGGCAACGGAAAGUCGACACAUCUUCCCGAGAAGAGGGACGAUACGACUUUUUGGACCGAGCAACUUUUCUUAGACGAGUUGGACAAUCUACUGAAGUUUCUGGGCAUCGAUAACGAUUACGCUUUGCUAGGCCAGUCAUGGGGCGGAAUGCUCGGCUCUCGACAUGCGUCUCGUCAACCGCCUGGCCUCAAAAAGCUGAUUAUCGAAUCCUCACCUGCAUCCAUGCCACUUUGGGAAGAAGCCGCUGCAUAUCUUCGCACUCUUCUUCCACCCGAAGUGGCGCAGGUGCUUACGGACCACGAAAUUGCGGGAACCACGGAAAGCGCAGAAUAUCAACGAGCAAUGGCCAUUUUCUACGAAAGAUUUCUCUGUCGAAUUCCUUUUCCUACAGAGCUCGAGGAGGCAAUGCAAUGGAUUGAGAAAGAUCCAACUGUCUAUUUCACUAUGAACGGGCCUUCAGAAUUCUUCGUCACUGGCUCGUUGAAGACAUGGUCGAUGCUGGAGGACGCGAUCAAGAUUACUGUUCCCACCCUCCUCAUUAACGGUGCAUACGACGAAGCGCGCGAUUCAACUGUGUACCCUUAUUUUGAGAAGAUUUCUGGACCCGUGAGAUGGGUUACUUUGGCGGAAUCCAGCCAUAUGUGUCAUUGGGAGGAGCGCGAGAAGUUCAUGGAGCUUGUUGCUGGAUUCCUCAAUCGUAAUGCAUGA